AUGCCGUCCAUUCUCAACGAAGAGGACAAGGAGACGGUCAAGCGCACCAUCCCGAAGCAGACCAACAAGAUUCAUGCUGUUGCCGUCGCGAGGCUCUACGUCGCAUAUCCAAACAAGUCAAAAUGGACCUACACUGGGCUGCAAGGCGCCAUCGUGCUCGCCAACGAUCUUGUCGGGCACACGUACUGGUUGAAGCUCGUGGACAUAUCACCCGCCAGUCGCGGAGUGGUAUGGGAUCAGGAGAUCUUUGACACAUGGCAGUACAACCAGGACCGCACCUUCUUUCACACCUUCGAACUCGAGGAAUGCUUGGCCGGCCUUUCUUUUGUGGACGAGAAGGAGGCAAAACAGUUCAAGAAGAAGAUGGACGAGAGGGAGAAGAAUGCAAGCAAAGCGACCAAGAACACCCCCUUUGGCGGACACAGCCAGCCCGUCAAGUCAGGCGGCUUGUUCGGAAGCCUCUUCGGAGGACAUAGGCAUUCCUCAGCCCCUACGCCUCCUGAAUCCCCUCGAGGCAACGCCCUGCCCCCACCACCUCCGGCUCCAGCUUCACAUUCAAGAUCGCCCUCUGCAGGUCUCAAUGGCUUACACAAACCUCCUGCUGGUCGGUCCGAGUUCGCCACGCUGGAAGCUUAUGACCCUGACUGGCGGGACAACUUUGGCAACUUCUUGACAGAGCAGGGUUUGACCGACGACUUCAUCAAGGACAACCAGGAGUUCAUUGUGGAUUUCUUGAAGGAGCAAGGAGAUGCCGUACCCAAGGCUUCGGCACUUCCACCACCUCCACCUCCGCCCGCUCCUGUAAACGGCAGCGGCGCACACGGUCGAGCGCCUCCACCACCGCCUCCUGGUGCCAGACCAGCACCCGCCCUUGAACUGUCAUCAUCUGGGUCUCGCCGCGGUGCUCCUCCGGCACCUCCUGCGCCACGGCGGUCAGGGAAGGCAGAAAAUCAUCGCGAGCCGACGCCUCCGCAAGAACCACAACGGCCACGGUUUAAUGCCCCCCCGCCGAUAGCAGAUGCUGGAAAGUUCGCACGCCAAGAGCCCGCAAGACCCGUGCCUGCGGCGCCUGGCCCUCCUCCGCCGCCUAGACCGGCCAAGACACCAUUGGACGGAGAUGAUGGGUCUGGUCACAGAUUCGGCGUGCCUCCUGUUUACUCUGGUCAGCGUGUUAACAAUGGACCACCGCCGCCGCCGUCCAGAGGACCGGUGCCUCCACCUCCUCCCAGGGCGACGCCAGCGCCCCCCUCAUUACCUCCAAAAGCUCCAGCAUCGAGUGCGCCGCCCCUACCACCAUCAGCUUCCAGACCGGUACCGCCUGCUCCGGGCCCUCCACCCCCUCCGAGAGGUGUACCAGCGCCGCCAGCACCACCCAGCUCAGGUGCGCCACCUCCGCCUCCCUUACCGCCAACAUCUGGAGGAGCACCACCACCUCCUCCUCCACCUCCACCGCCUCCUGGUGGUGCUGGUGGCAUGCCCCCUGCACCACCUCCACCUCCUCCGCCAUCAGGAGCACCAGCGCCCGCCUUGCCCGUAGGCGAUACAGGACGCUCGGCCGUGCUUGGAGACAUACAGAAAGCCGGAGGACUCAAGGCGCUCAAGAAGGUGGACAGAACUCAGAUCAGAGACAGGAGUGCCGCUCUUCCUGGUAGCGAUUCCGGGCCUGCUGGUAGCGGAUUACCACCCACUGGUGUUGCCCCUUCGGGAGCACCCAACAUGGCCGAUGCUUUGGCUGCAGCGCUCCAGAAGCGGAAGCAGAAAGUCGGCGACAGUGACGACGAAGCUGAUGACGACGAUUGGUAA